ACCAGUCUUUAUAUAUAUAUAAAGGAGGCAUAAAAAGCUAAAGAGCUGCGUGCCUGCAAACGUUUUAAAAACAUUGCCAGGAAUUAUAGGAAAAGUUAAAACGUUGCAAUGGGCAAAUUGAAAUAGGCUGUCAAAAAGUUAAAUGUGAGUGUUAUUGACAGCCCCUUGACCUGCAUUAAAAAAGCGUUGUCAUCUGAUCUGCAAGGGACUGCCAGCUGAGACAGUGUGUAUGUGAGAGAGACGACAGGCUGGAGAGAGAGAGAGAGAGUGAGAGGGAGGGAGAAAUAGAGAGAGAGAGAGAGAGAGAGAGAGUGAGUGAGAGAGAGAGAGAGUGUGAGAGAGAGAGAGGGAGAGAGAGGAAAUAAGUUUCAUCAGAAAAGAAGCCAAGCUCUUACCUUUUUUUUGGUGAUUUGUGAAAGGGGAGCGCGAUGACCCUGUCAGGCAGCGGCAGUGCGAACGACAUGUCAGGGCACACGGUGCUCACGGCAGAGGAUGUCGAUAUUGAUGUGGUAGGAGAAGGAGACGAGGGCAUGGGAAAGGACAGCGACUCGGAGACCCACGCCACCCACGACCAGGGGGAAGAGGUGGAGGAGAUCGGGGCGAAGGAAAUCGCGGAAAGCCCUUCCGCUCCCUGCCAGCCUUCCACGGAGGGAGAAUUAGCCAAAUCGGAAACUCAGGAAAGUGGCUCUACCAGCGGCAACAACGUUUCAAAACCCAAGAACAGCCUGGUGAAGCCACCUUAUUCGUACAUUGCUCUCAUCACCAUGUCUAUCCUGCAAAGUCCCCAGAAAAAGUUAACCCUUAGUGGAAUCUGUGAGUUCAUCAGCAACCGUUUCCCUUACUACAGGGAGAAAUUCCCCGCCUGGCAAAACUCUAUCCGCCACAACUUGUCACUGAAUGACUGCUUUGUGAAGAUACCCAGGGAACCUGGCAAUCCCGGUAAAGGGAACUACUGGACGCUGGACCCACAGUCAGAAGAUAUGUUUGACAACGGGAGCUUUCUCCGUCGGCGGAAAAGGUUCAAGAGGCAGCCGGCGGACCAUCUGAGAGAACAGACUGCGCUCAUGAUGCAGAGUUUUGGAGCAUAUAGUCUGAGCGGCCCUUACGGGCGUCCCUAUGCUCUACAUCCCGCCUCCUACACUCAUCCCGCAGCUCUGCAAUAUCCCUACAUCCCUCCUGUGGGUCCAAUGUUACCCCCGGUCGUCCCGCUCAUCCCGUCCAGCGAACUCAACAGGAAAGCCUUCAAUUCUCAGCUCAGCCCCAGCCUCCAGCUCCAACUCAGCAGCCUGAGCUCGGCGUCCAUCGUCAAAACGGAGCCCUCCAUCAGACCUUCGUUCAGCAUCGAGAAUAUCAUCGGGGUGACAAGCACGUCGGGCAGCUCACAAACUUUCCUCCGGCCGCCCGUGACCACUCAGUCGGCGUUGAUCAGCCCUCAGCCCUUUUCUUUAGCGCGAACCACGGCCGCAAUCACCCCUAUCAUCAGCGUCCCCACGAAUAUCAUCUCCGGACAAUUCUUACAGUCAGCAGCUUCGGCCGCCGCAGUGACCAAAUGGCCAUCUUAAUACCUUCCCCGCUUCCAAACGCUCACUCACCAGACCCUUUUUCUGCUCCUGUGGUAGUGAGUUGCACUGAACUUGACUGCAAAUGAUAGACUAUAAUCUUAUCUAUAUAUAAAAAAAAGGAAUGCUUUCUGUACAGGUAAAUACGUUUGUAAAUAUUUGUAUAAAGAACCUAUCGGUUCAUAGUCAUUGAGUUUUAUUUUUUAAUUAGACUAUUUCACAGUUGUAGUAUAGAGCUUUGGGCUUUCACACUUAAUGUCUUUUUGAAAGGUUCAUUGCCAGUAGUUUAUUGAUGAACAUGUACAGAUAUUACGGAAGACUGAAUCAUUCUAAAGAAUUAAUCCAACAGGAGAAAACUGUCAAUAUUGUAUACGACUACAAAAAGCUUAAAGCCCUUUAUAAGAAUGAAAUAUAUGUAUUCUAUGUAGCGCCGCCGUCGUGUUGUACAAUGGAAUUAAACUUUAUAAAUAAAUUUUACAAAUUGCAAA